AUGGCUUCACCGAUCUUUGUGUCAAACCCCCGAGCGGGAUACUCACUAAAAGCCUUCCUUCGAGGCAUUCAAUUGGCUAUUCUAGGCACGUAUCGGCUGUCUCAGAGCCCACGUUGGAAAACUGCCAAAUAUUUGGCUCAUUUUCCACAGACGCUUCUCUACUCCAUAGUUGUUCAAUUGUGCUUAUGCUGUCCUAUUUUUGGACUCAAGGUGCUAGCAUAUGCGGUGAGUUAUCGGACGGAAUCCAAAUAUUUGGAAGUUUUCGUGUAUGGCUUACAGUAUGUGGUGUUUGAUGUGUUGCAUCUACCCAUCGUCAUAGUCAGUGCUGCACUGUACUUCUCGUGGUUUCCAGAUGAAUCGUUCAUGGCCACAAUCAAGCAUUACGAUGAAUUGAAUUCAUCAGCGUCGGAGAUGGCUCUGCUGCUGUACUCGACGACUUUGGCGCUGUUGGAACAGCAAGAACCAAAGAUAGGUGGUUUUCCACCAACAUUCGCAUCAAUCCAGCACAAGUAUAAGAACUCGCAGAUAUUUCUUGAGUUUGCGCAACGUAUAUCUGCUACCCUCAUCCUGAACCUCCUACUAUUUACAGCUCAUAAGGUACCCAUAGUGGGCAGUAUUGCGAUGGGUUUGAUCGCAUUUCAGUCCUUCAAUGAGAUAAUCGGCACAGAUCGGGCUGUUGUACUCUUCUUGUGUAUCCAAGCUUUUCCUCACGAUACGACAUUGUCUAUCAUGACGUACUACUGGGGUUGCAAGGAUUUGAUGCACGACUUGUUGAUGCCUUUCUUCUCGAGGGUCAAACUAAGCAAUAGAGAACGCCAGCAGUGGAUGAAAUCCCGUGGGGGUCCGUUGCUUGGCUUUGCUAUGUUUUUCUUCCUACUCAUCAACCGCUUGCCUUGGAUGAGCUUUGUGAUCUACGAUAUUGCCAGUGGGGCCAUGGCUUAUUUUUUGACGAAAUUGUCAGACCCGCCCCCAACUCAAACCAAUAGACUCAUUGACUGGAAUGUGUCCCAAAUGCUCUGGAGCAAGGAAAAAGAACAAUCUUUUCUACUGGGACAGUUCGCAUUGGUCGAUGAGGGCUACGCUUCAUUUCCUGGUUCGUCCUUAUUUAUUGUUCACCACCACUAA